GUCUGAGAGGCUAAAUUUAAUGUUUUAGACAACAAGUGUCCUCGCGCAAGGAUACAAGAGCAGGUGUGGGCUGGUGGGAGGUGCGCUUGCAAGCAUGAGAAACGAAUCUCACAUUCUCAGGACAGUCAUUCAACUUCGCCGCUCAGGGUGAAUAAAUAUGCUAGUAGAAAGGUGGUGGCUGAUUUUGGCCUUGGAAUGUAUUAUGUGCAUCUACAGCAAGCCCUUACAGCAGAAGAGAAGGUGUUUUUUUCAAAUAACAGAAAGUACAAAGCAUAACUACAGGCAGAAUAAGAAAUACACUGCUGCAGGCAGUGUGAGCGGGUCAGUGCAAGUUUGUGAGACCACGGACUGUUGCGUGGGCUACUACCGGAUCAUUAACGGCACACCAAAAGCUGACAUUCUUGCUUGUGACAGAAUUGAAAAGUCAUGCCCAGAUGAAACCUGCAAGGCACAAACACGCAUCAACAAUCAAUUCUUGACGUGCAUGUGCAACACAGACCUCUGCAAUGGCAACAUUACUUGGGGAAAAGAACAGACUUCACACCCCUACUCUUAUUUUUCAGUCGUCUUCAUGAAAAAGGCUGUGAAACCUCUGGUUGGGAUUUUGCUCUUUAUGUGUUUCUGGAUCGUUGCUGCUCAAUGGAGAAGUUGCCUAAAAAAGAAAAAGAAGAAUCUACAGUCCCCCAGUCAUGAUUACCACAUCCGACCCUCCUGUUCCUGCCAAAUGACAAAAACCUCUGAGAUCGACAUCAGUCAGAUCGAGCUACAGCAGAUUGUGGGCCGAGGGCAUUUUGCAACUGUUUUUCAAGGGACAUACCAGGGCUCUGUGGUGGCUGUCAAAUUUUUACCUGCAGCCUAUGAACAUAAUUUUAACACAGAAAAGGAGAUUUAUGAGCUACUGCUGUCAAAGCAUACCAGCAUUGUGAACUUUCUCGGUGCUGGGAGGAAACCAGAUGACAAAAGCUGGUUCAUCGUGCUGCAGUUUGCUGAAUAUGGAUCUCUUCAUUCCUUUUUGUCAAAACAAACCACAAGCUGGAUGUUCUCACUGAACCUGUGCCAGUCGCUAUCACAGGGACUUUCCUAUCUCCACUCUGACCUUCUCAGCCAUGAUUUGCACAAACCUCCUGUGGCCCACAGAGACCUCAGCAGCUCCAACGUGCUGGUGAAGGCGGAUGGUACCUGUGCCCUGUGUGAUUUUGGAUGCUCCACCAUUCUGCGUUCUUGUUCAGAGCCUUACCGCAGGCACAACCAGAAUAAAAACACAAAGUGUAUUCAACUGGGCACGCUGCACUACAUGGCUCCUGAGAUCCUGGAAGGCUUUGUGAACCUGAACGAAAGCAUGUUUCUCAUGCAGGGUGACGUUUACGCUUUGGGUCUGCUGCUGUGGGAGAUCUGGAUGUGCUGCUAUGAUUUAUUUGAAGGCGGAGCUGCACCACAGCAUCUUUUGCCAUAUGAACUAGAGCUGGGAAGCAAUGUAACACUGGAGAGCCUCAUGCUGUACGUGUCCUAUAUGGACAAAAGACCCUGUAUACCUGAACACUGGGAACUGCUACCACAGGGAGCUGUGCUGAGGGAGCUCCUGGAGGAUUGCUGGGACAGUGAUUCAGAAGCCCGACUGACAUCUCACAGUGUUGUGGAAAGAAUAACCUCUCUUCAGUCUUCUUACUCUCUGUGACUUCUUUUUCUGUUGUCUUUUCAGGUAGACAUGAUUUUGUACUGCUUUCCUUCAGAAACCUUUUUCUGCAUCAGCUGCCAUAAUGAUCUCUUAUCUGGCAGUUCUGAUAUAAAGUGAACUCUGAUAGCAUUACUCAGCAGGCUCAUAGGCAUUUCUGUCCCAGUUUACUCAGAGCUAUACUGACAAGGAAACUGAAUUUCAUCUCAUUAAUACCACUGACGCCUUACUUCAGCAGGAACUGGUUUCACUGUUUCUUUUAAAGCCCACAGGAUUUGUGUUUCUGCUAUGGAAAGCCCUGUGGUAUAUAUUACAAAAGAGAAUCGACCAAAGUAGCAGCCAUGCAAGUUCAAAACAUCUCAGAAAUGCAACAAAUAUCACCCAAAAAGCAAAUGUUUCAUACGCAUAAACUCAAUUUAAAUUGAACCUCUCCCUAAACGGUCACUCCUAAAAAAACGAAAAAGAAAAAAGAUAAGAUCAGAGCGUUUCCUUUGUUUCUUACUAAAUAUUCCAUGAUCAACUGUAAGUGGGAUUAUUGGAAAGUGCAAGUAUUUAUUUCAGUUUUAAAUUUCAGGCUAAAUCAAAUUUUUAGGUCUUCAAACAAAGAAACAUGAAAUUCAUGUUUUAUUGACAUUUAUUCUUCAUUAACUUCAGUAUCUCAAUGAUUGAGUGCUGUUUACUAAGUUACUGUUACUGUUGAAGUUACUAAGUAACUGUUGAAUCCCAGGAGACUCCCCCAGUGCAUAUAUCUUACACUGUGUAACUUAGCUGCCUUUAAAUUAAUGUGCAUAAUGUUACCUUUUUAAUCCCAUUUAUCACUUAUGAAAGAGAGGAUGGCAACAGGGACAAACUCCAAGCGUACGCCGUUUGACUGCUGUGGCUGGGCUUUGAAGGUGAUGCAGAAUACCAAAUAUAAUAUUCAUUUAAAAAUGUGUAAUCAAGGAAACUUAUGAAUUAGAGAAUUUUCAUUUAUUAAAUUAAUUAUAAAGAUUCUUUUAAAACUGACCACUAGAUGUCACUGUUCACUCACAUCUAUUUGUUUCCAGUGGAAACAAUGGAUUGUGAUCUCAUCACAAAUCUAUUCUCAACACUACAACAAGGAAAAAAGCCAGCAUGUUCAACAUGUGGCCACAUUCUUCUGGCUUACACUUGAAAUAUAUUUAUUUAAGCAUUUCGUUGUUUAAACUUUUGAAUUCAACUGAAAUGUUGUUUUCAUGCAAAAAUGUCACUGAUGUUUCAGAGAUGCAUGCUCAUGCCUCAGCAGCAUGUCUUUUGAUCUCCAACCUUCAACCACAAGUUUAAAACUGUUUCUUUGGCAUUGCCUUAUUGUAUGCUGCAUGCACUGAAUUCCAGUAUGUAACUGUCAUUACAAAUGUUGCUGUGAUUAAGUCAAAAGUUUGCACAAAGCUCCAAAAAUAAGACUUUAUGUGUCAUCAAAUUUUAACAACAGUAGAGAAACAAAUGAGAAAGAAAUAUUUGAACCAGUAUAAUAUGCUUGUGGUGGGUAACCCAACGAAGGAGUCAGUCGAGGAUGAAUAAGUUUAACAAUUUCCAAAAAUCCACAAAGAACAGUAAACCUCAUUUUAACCCCUGUCCUACUUUUAAGCCCACUUUCUGUUAGUGUUCUUUUGAUGUUACCAACCACAAAAGCCAGAGACGUCAUGUACUGCAGUCUAAUGGUCUUGCAGAUAUUCUGGGUGAUUUAGUCAUGCACGGAAACAUCUACUAGAGAGCUCACAGUUAUGCUGGUGUCCUGCCUGAUGCGGUUUCAUUAGAACUAACAAAAGCGUUUCUUUUAAUAAAGCAGCAGAGCCACUGUGGUAUUUUAAAAUGCUAUAUCUUCAGUUUCAAACACAUUGCUUUCCUCAAAAUAUCUUGUAGCUGUGAACUCCUCGUCCAGCAUACGAUAAAGCUCAGUCCUUUCAGCUGAAACUGCUACUGACACUAAUGAUUAUUUGGAAUAACUUGUAGUUUCCACUUUUUUAAACUCACCUUG